AUGUUCGUAUCAGCCCAGCUGAGCGCCGCUCUCAUAUUGGCGGUAGCCCACGCCGCCCCUUUCCGUGGUCUCCACCUAAGACAGAACGAUCUCCUCGAUAGCUACGACUAUGUGAUUGUUGGAGGAGGUGCCAGCGGCCUUACAGUCGCGAACAGACUUUCUGAGGACAGUGCCAUUUCCAUCCUGGUCAUUGAGGCUGGCGAGUUCGACGCCAAUGAGGACGUCUUCACUAUCCCAGGACUGGCUGGAGGUGCAAUUGGAACCAAAUAUGACUGGAACACGACAUACACAGCGAACCCUGCUCUGCAGAACCGUGUGGUCUCUAUCCCUCAAGGAAAGAUCGUCGGAGGUGGCACGAAACUGAACCGAAUGGUAUUCGACCGUGGCUCAAAAUCAGAUUUUGAUCGAUGGGCUGAGUUGGGAAACCCCGGUUGGGACUACGAUGGUCUCUUCCCUUACUUCAAGAAGCAAGAGAUAUUCACACCACCAAGCGAUGCUAUUGCACAGGAAUGGGGUGUCCAGUAUGACGCAGAGUCUCAUGGUGAUUCUGGAAACAUUAAUGUCACAUACUCACCUUUCUUCUGGCCCCUGACCCGCAACAUCAUCGAUGCAACGAACGAGUUGGGUAUCCGCAUCCCAACGGACCAGGCCUCUGGACUUCCCAUUGGUGGCUACUUCUGCCCACACAACAUUGACAUUACCAAUGUCACGAGAUCUUCAGCCCGAGAAGCGUACUACAACUCUGCAGAAUCGAGGACGAACCUGCACAUUGUCACAGGACAACAGGUUACCAAGCUGGUCACGGGUAGCAACUCGACCGGUUAUGGUUCGGGAGUUACAGUCACUGGUGUCGAGUUCGCCGCCUCGGCUGAUGCAGCCAAGUCAACGGUUGGCGUUAACAAGGAGGCUAUUCUGGCAGCUGGCGCUCUCUUCACACCCCAGAUCUUGCAGGUGUCCGGAAUAGGCGACAGCACACUGCUUAGCGAGAUUGGCGUUGACACCGUCAUCGACCUCCCAGCUGUGGGCCACAACUUCGAGGACCACGUCCUUCUCACGACCGUCGCUACCGUCACCACUGACCAGAUCACUUCUUCUCAACUCACCAGCAACUCCACCUUCGCUGCCGAGGCCUUGGCCGAGUACAAGGACCAGAAGACUGGCCCUUACUCGUCGCCCACCGGUGACUUCCUCCUGUUCCUGCCCCUGAAUACCUACAGCAACGCCUCAUCCCUCAUUGCCGCAAAGGCCGCUGCACAGAACGGCACACAGUACCUUCCCGCAGACACCCCUCCUGAGGUCGUUCUCGGAUACAAGAAGCAGCAAGCCAUUCUGGCCGAGAAGCUGUCGUCGAACGAGUCGGCCGUCCUCGAACUCAUCUGGGACGCAGGCGUGCUCGUCCUGGGUCUGCAGCACCCUUUCUCCCGCGGCAAUGUCAAGGCCGCUUCGAGCAGCACCUUCGACCUGCCCAUCGCCAGCGCCGGCCAGCUCGCCAACCCACUCGACCUGCAGCUCCUCGUCGAAGCUGUCAAGUUCAGCCGCGUUGUCCGCAACACGGCCGCCAUCCAGACCCUGCAGCCUUUCGAGGUCCUUCCGGGUGCGAACAUUACCAGCGAUGCCGAUAUCGAGACCUUCAUCCGCCAGAACGCCGCCACCCUGUUCCACCCCGCUGGCAGCUGCAAGCUGGGCCCCCGCGAGGAGGGUGGUGUUGUCGGCACUGACCUCAAGGUCUACGGUGCCGCUAACUUGCGGAUCGUGGACUCCAGUGUCAUCCCUAUGCUCCCUGCGACGCAUAUCAUGACGGCCGUUUACGGCGUUGCUGAGAAGGCCGCCGAUAUCAUCAAGGGCGUUACUGCUUGA